GUCUACGGACUUGAGAAAAUUUUGAAACGCAUCUCGCUACCACUCGCCCGCCGUAAACGUCGCUCCGUUAAUUUUCUGUAAUUUAAUUUCCGUCCGGAAGUCGUAGUUUACGGGUAUACCAAAUGGAAACAAUCGGAAAAACUAUCGCGCGAUUCGAUAGUUCGCGGGCCCAUGCUUUUGUGAACGGAAACUCGUUUCGCGUUUAUCGUCGAUAUCAUUCUGUGCGGUUAGGAAAUUUCAUCUUGCGCACGCCGGCGGAUUUCAAUAAUAUUUUUUCAUAGUCAACUCGUGUAAACUCUAACGUACAUCAUGAACGGUGGUCAAAUUAUGGUGUUGAACACCAACACCAAAAGGAAGUUUGGUCAUAGGGUUCAACUUGAAAACAUAGCAGCAGGUAAAGCAAUUGCUGAUGUAGUACGUACUUGCAUUGGUCCCAGAGCUAUGCUAAAAAUGUUAAUGGACCCAAUGGGUGGGAUUGUGAUGACAAAUGAUGGAAAUGCAAUUUUGCGAGAAAUAACUGUUCAACAUCCAGCUGCUAAAUCAUUUAUUGAAAUAGCUCGUACCCAGGAUGAAGAAGUUGGUGAUGGUACUACAUCAGUAGUAGUUCUUGCUGGUGAAAUUUUAGGGAUUGCUGAACAAUUUUUGGAGCAAAAAAUCCAUCCUACAGUUAUCAUUAGGGCAUACCGCCAAGCUUUAGAAGACAUAUUAUAUCUUUUAGAUAAUGAAUACAGUAUUCCAUUAUCUAUGGAUGAUGAAACGAAACUGAUUGAAGUAAUUCAAUCAUGUGUUGGUACUAAAUUUAUUGGCCGUUGGUCUGAUUUAGCAUGUAGCAUUGCUUUGAAUGCUGUCAAAAUGGUAAAAAUAAAUGAAGAUGGGCUUACAGAAAUAGACAUUAAAAGGUAUGCCAAAGUUGAAAAAGUGCCAGGCGGAACAAUUGAAGAUUCUGUAGUAUUAAAUGGUAUUAUGUUGAAUAAAGAUGUUACCCAUCCUAAGAUGAAACGAUUAAUAAAAAAUCCAAGAAUUAUUCUUUUGGAUUGUUCUUUGGAGUUCAAAAAGGGAGAGAGCCAAACAGAUGUUGAAAUUGUCAAUGAAACCGAUUUCACAAAAUUAUUACAGCUUGAAGAAGAAUACGUUCAAAAAAUUUGUGCUGAUAUUAUAGCACUGAAACCAGAUUUAGUGUGUACUGAAAAAGGAGUAUCUGAUAUAGCACAGCAUUUUUUAAUGAAAGCAAAUAUAUCAGUUUUAAGACGUUUAAGGAAAUCUGAUAAUAAUCGUGUUGCAAGAGCAUGUAAUGCUACGAUUGUGACACGUACAGAUGAGCUUAGUGAACACCAUGUUGGUACAGGUGCUGGUCGCUUUGAAGUUAAAAAGAUUGGUGAUGAGUAUUUUACAUUUAUUACGGAGUGUAUCAACCCAAAAGCCUGUACUAUAUUACUUAGAGGACCAAGCAAAGAUAUAUUGAAUGAAGUUGAAAGGAAUUUGCAAGACGCUUUACAUGUGACUAAAAAUAUUAUGUUGAACCCAAGACUGGUAACUGGAGGUGGUUCCAUUGAAAUGGCCAUAUCACAAGCAUUAACAAAGAAAAGUUCUCUUAUAGCUGGUGUUGAGCAGUGGCCUUAUAAAGCAGUUGCGCAAGCAUUAGAAGUCAUACCUCGUACUCUUUUACAAAAUUGUGGUGUUAGCACUAUAAGAACCAUGACGUCUUUAAGGGCAAAGCAAGCUAUCAGAGGCAACGAAUUUUGGGGUAUUAAUGGUGAUACUGGAGAAAUAGCUAAUAUGAAGGAUCUAAAGAUAUGGGAACCAAUUGCAGUUAAAGCUCAAGUAUUUAAAACAGCUGUUGAAACUUCAAUUUUGUUACUACGCAUUGAUGAUAUUGUAUCAGGAACAAAGAAAAAGGGAGAUGAUGGAUCAACAAAACAAUCAGCUGCGCCAACCGAAGAAACAAUGAAAGAAUAAAUUAUUUUUAAACCUUAUUCAUAAAAAAGUUAAUAAAACUUGCUUUUGUUAAUAUA